CAUAGUUUCCCAGUUUUGGGGUUUUGGGUAUCAUCAAAACCAACUCACUUUUGGUGGAGUUGGUGAGAUUUUUGUGAUGAUGGAGAUGCCAGGGAUGUCUGACCUGCUAGACCAGAUGCGUUCCAUGCCGCCUGAGCUCCUUGAACAGCUUCGACAGGAGGGGCCUGAGCAGAUGCUGCAAAGGUUGGGCAUGACACAGCCAGUUUCAGACAGCACUAUGGGUGUCAGAGAUGUCAGAAAGGCGGCCGAAGUCGAAGCUCCGGCGAUUUAUGCUGAGGUUUUAGCCAGCUACUGCCAUCCUGAUGCCGUUCGCGAGUAUGACAAGUUGCGGGCAGAGGAGCGUGAGAAGUUGUUGAAGGCCUUGCGGGUCACAGUCGAAGAGAACUUCCAGCACUUCAGUUCCCAAAUGAUGCAGGAGCAGCUGCUGAAUAAGGCCAGCAGCCUGAAAGCAAGGAAUGCCGUCAAGGACUCUCCGCUCGUGAGGGCCUUGAGGUUGGUGACGGCAUCUGAACUUCUCCAUCCAGAGGCAUUGGAGGCUGUUGAGGCCACGCUCCACAACUGGGGUCGAAAAAUGCCACGAGAUCUCCACGUGAUGCAGUUUAUGAUGGGCUAUCAGAACCACGUGUUGAAAUUCAAGGACCCUGGCAGCAACAAGGAGAUGUGGACAUUGAGGACCAACUCCACCAUCAUCAAGCCUGAGGCUUCAACCAGCCAGCCUAGGAAAUGGGCCCAGCUGCAGCCAAUGGGAAUCAGUGCCUUGCGUUUGUUUGGGGUGGCCACUGGGAGAGUGUUGGUGGGAAAGCUGAUCGUACCACCCAUGGUCACAGUUGGCAUCACCACCUUGCUCCAGGAUGACUUGGGGGAGGUGAUCCAGUUGGGCCUCUACAAUCAGCUGCAAGGAGGCGUCACCGGCCAUCAAGCACAAGAGCUGGCGGAGAAACAGUUUUGCAAGGGCGCCAAGCUUCAGAUUGCCGAGCCCUUUCUGAAGAUCUUCAAGGAUGGCAAUCAGGGUAUCCGAGUGGACAGCCCUCAUGACAUUCGCCUUGAGACCCCUGGGAAAGCUGGGGAUACGAUCCAAGACCUGCAGGAUUUCCGCCAGAGCGGGAACGAGCUCUACAAGAAUGGGCAGUUUGAGGCAGCGUUGUUGGAGUAUUGGCGAGGUUUGCGAGCCUGUGAUGAAAUUGCCGUGUUGCUCUCAAACAGAUCACAGGCACAUCUGAAAACCGAGUGCUGGGCUGAAGCAUGUCGUGACAGCGCUGCCAGUCUGCUGUUGCGCCCGCAAGGGGCGAAACACCGAGCGCGAUAUGUCCUCAUCCUUCAGGGUCUCGGUUUUCCAGACUUAGCCCAAAGAGCCCAGAAGGCUUUUUCUGACUCAUCGAUGGGUCGCCUUGAGCCAUCUAUCCAAGACACUCAAGCAGUGCUUCGCUUGACGCUGAAGGUGCCCCACCUGAGGACUGGUGGCAGGUCAGAAGAGGAUUCCGCCAGUUUGAAAGAGAAGGGAAACAUGGCUUUUCGAGAAGGGAAAUUCUCUGAGGCAGCAACAUUUUACACACAAGCAUUGGAAGGGCAUCCAGCUGCUGAAGAAGUAGCUAAUCUCCUUCGCAAUGUGGCACUCUCUUCCACCCGUGCUGGGCUGCUCCAUGAUGCAGUAGCAGCUGCUGCUGCGAGCUUGAGGUUGCAAUUCCAUGCCAAAGCCGUUUAUCACCUUGCUCACGCGCUGGCCCUCUUGGGUGAACUUGAGCUUUCAGAGGAGGUCCUCAGUCAGACAGGAACUCAGACAGGGACUCAGGCAGCAAUGACGCAGCUGACUGGAGAGGUGGCUACAACGAAGGGAUAUGUUUCUCUCAAGUACCCCUCAGAAAUGGUAGCAGCUGCUGCCACCAUGUGCCGCUGGCCGGGGAAGUUCAUGGUAGACUGGGUGUCUGAAGCCAUCGUCAUUGAAAGAGUUGCACGCAAAGGCAGAGGAGUGCGAUCUCUUCGCGACAUCGCCUUUGGGGAAACUCUAAUCAUUCAGCGUCCGAGGGGAUCUGUGUCGACUGACGCCACAACGGGUGAGCUGCUAACUUCGACGGACACAAAUUCAGGACUCAUCGAGGACGCCUCAAAGGUGAAACUCACAUCGCAGCUGACGUCCAUGGCAAGCAAAGACCAACUCUUAGCGAAGGUGUUGUCGAACCUCGAGGAUGGCACUGGGGUGGAGCGACCGGUCAUGAGUUUUCACAGCUUUCUGGAUUCACUGCAGGCUUCAGUCCUUCCCCUUCUGCUACAGCAAGCCGAGUUCUUCUCCGCAACUGAGCGGCUCGAGCUGAGCUAUGCACGCAUUCAAGGCGUCGUGAAUGUCAAUGUCCAUGGUGACAGCAAGGAAUCCAUGAGAAACUGGCAAGCUGGUAAAUCCCAGGCUAACUCUCGCGGCAACAAGCUCCUGGGCGGCAGCACUGCGCUCUACCCUGCAGUUUCGAUGAUCAACCAUUCCAAUGAACCGAACUGCGUCCUGCUGCCCUUCUUCAAUGAAGAUGAACCCAAAGGCAUGGCGGUGAGCGCACGCAGGCACAUCUCCAGAGGAGAAGAGCUGACCCUGGCGUACCUGGAUGACCCUGAGGCAGUGAAAGCUAAGUGGGGCAUUUCUUGA